AUGAGCUCUUCAAAGACCCUUGGGCUGGGUUCUGCAGUGUCUACGUAUCUUGCAAAUAGCCAUGUCAAUGAUGGCAAAGCGAAUGAAGUUGCUGAGAAGAUUUCAUCGCAAAUUAAUGACAAACAGGCAAAAUUGGUCGAUAUUGUGCUUCUUUUGAGACCUCAAAUCACUUCCACCGAGACCGAUGAGAGACAGAAGGCUGUUGAAUGUAUUUCUGCCAUUUUGGGCCAUUUGGACCCAGCUACGUUGCUGAAAAAUGACGUAAGCGUAAUAAUAGACUUUUAUGCCAACACUUUCGAGGAUUCUGCCUGCAUGAAGGAGAUCUUACAAGGGCUCGCUAACGUGAUUGAUAUGCAACAUUUUUAUUUGUCACAGGCAACUAUCGUUUUGAACCGACUUAAAGAAUUUUAUCAGCCAGCAAACUAUCCCGCGCCCGUCAGAUACAUUACGUUCACUAUCUUAGAGCGCGUCCUGCUGAAAUUCCACGCCAAUUUCCAAAAGACUCCAGCUCUGAGUGAUCUUUUCAUCGAAACUUUCAUUGGAAUUGCCACAGGCGAAAAAGAUCCACGCAAUUUGUUACUUUCGUUCCGCAUAAACACUAUCGUGUGUUCCAGUCUGUCCGAUAUUUCCAAAUACAAAGAAGAUCUGUUCGACGUUUUAUUCUGCUAUUUCCCUAUUACCUUCAAGCCCCCAAAGAGCGAUCCUUACAAGAUCUCGAACCUUGAUUUGAAACUGGCUUUGCGUAGAGCCAUUUCCUCAUCACCACAGUUCGAAGAGGAUGCCUUUGGCAAUUUGAUAGAUAAAUUGGCCGCAUCGUCGCUUACAGUGAAAAAUGACACCAUAUUGACUUUGAAUGCUUGUGUAGAGAACUACGGGGGGGAGGCUGUGGUGAGAAAUUGGCUCCCACUAUGGAAUGCCCUGAAAUUCGACAUCUUGCAGGGGUCCGCUGCUACCGAAUCCGAAGGUUCAUUGGCGAAUGAAGUUAAUAAUUAUGAAACUUCACUCCAGGUAGUGGCAGCAAUUUCUAAUCAGUUAAUUCAGUUCAACGAAGCUACUUUUGACAAAUUUCACGCACAUGUUUUCGAUGAAUUGCAAGUUAAUUUCGAACAACAAACCAACCUGAAACAAAGCUGUGCGAUCUUAGCAACUCUUGCUGGCGUAAACGCAGAUACAUUCAAUAAAGUCAUGUCAAAAAUACCGAAGCUGCUUUUCGAAAAUAUGUCAAACAUGGAUUUAACGAAAGAAAAGCUUUUGAUUUUGAAUCUAUCGUUCUUCUUUGAUGCCUAUAUUAAAGUUUUUGGAGAAACUAAGGCUGCUGAAAAUGUCAUUUUCAGCAAUAACGAGCUGAAUAAACAUAAAGAUGAGAUCCUCAUGCUAUUAAGCAAAUCAUUAAAAACUUCUUCAAAUGCCGAAAUCACCAUCAAAGUCUUAGCCCUGGUACAGUUUACCAAGCUCAUCAAGAUGGCCGGAUAUUUGGACCACAAUGAGGUGUUGCUCAUCAUACAAUACUUCACUGAGACGGCUAUAUCGAGUGACAACAAAAACAUUCACUAUGCAUGCUUGGAAGGUCUCAAGGCUACCCGUGAUGUUUACGAAACAGACGUCAUAAAUCUGUGCAUAGGGACACUGUUCAACCAUUUAUUCGACAAAGCACUCGAUUCCGGGCUAAUCGAAGGUCAAGAGUCCGUUCCAGUGGAUAGGGUAUUGAGAUUGUUACUCGAGAUUUCCACAUCGAAACCAAACUUGGUUAUCAGAACGAUUUGUGGUCUUUCUGCAAAGCUAUCUGAAAUUUCGAAAUAUGAAAAUCUUACAGAACUCAGUUUCAUGAUUGUUUCGACUCUCCAUUCCUUAAUAAGUGCGAAUUACGAAGUUUUGGGGGAAAAUGAUAUCAUUGAACUGAAAAAGGCUGUACAGUUCGAACUUUUCACUUCACUCAUGAACGACAAACCUCUUUUUGGUGACAAUGAGUCACUGGAGCUGUUGUCAUCAUUUUUUUAUUUCCUUACUUUGAAAACGCCUCUUUCUUUACAUCCCGAAGAGCUGCGAAGGACCACGGAUUUUUUCUUGAAGAAUGCCAAGAUACUAGAUACGCCAAGGAGAUCAGCUCUUUGCUUCGUGAAAAUUUUAGCCGCCAUUGACAAAAAUUGCAAAUGGGAGAGCGAUGACUGCUUCAUUCGCACGGUGAAACUAGUACAGCACAAGGCCCUGGACAUGUCAGAUUUUGAAAAAGUUGCGUACUUCCAGUUGAUAACGCUUCUGGCCAAUAAGUGGUGUAGCCCCGGAAUGGUUGAAGAAAGUAUGGAAUUUCAGAGUACGUCAUAUGUCGAUGUUGAAAUUCAGUUUUGGGCCGCCAAGGGCCUCGUUAUGAGAAAUGCACAGGAAACCAAAAACUUCAUAGAUCAUUUCUUAGAUCUGCUACACAGCCAGACCGAGGGCGCUUGGACGGCGAGACUUUUUGAGAUUUUAACCAUUGAUCUACCUCACAUGGAAAACUUGAAGAAUCAUUCAUGGAAUAAUAACGUCCGACUCUUGCACAAACAAAAAUUCUUCAACGAUGUGGCCCCGAGGAUCAUAUCCUUGUUUCAAUCUUCGGACAAUUAUGAAAUCAAAGCAAACUAUCUCAUGGCCCUGUCCCUGAUUUUGCGCCAUACACCCGACAAAGUCACAGAGAGUUACAUGCCAGAAUUGCUUCCGCUAUUACUCCAAGCCAUGGAGCUGAAAAACACCGCAGUAAGGGUAUCUGCUUUGCGCACUGUCCUGAGCUCCAUGGAUCGCUCCUCUUCACUUAUCAGCGAGCAUGUACACAGCUUAAUACCCAUCCUGCUACGAUUUAUUGUUCCUUCGAUCUGCAACACGUUCGUUGUUAGAUCACUAGCACUUCAAGUGCUUCAGGCGCUGACCGUCCAUACGCCUCUGAACUACCUUUUACCCAUGAAAGACGACGUAAUCAGAAGCUUAUCGAGAGCCCUCGACGACAAAAAACGCAACAUCCGUAAGUUGGCAAUAGAUGCCAGUCAGGCAUUUUACGAACUAGGGCAGGUUCCGUUUGAAUAA